AUGAAAGGAUAUGAAAUGACUAAAGAGGAGUCUUCUUCUGACAGUAGUUCAAGCAGUGGCGAUGAAAACAGUAUUAGAGCGAAGAGGAAAGAAAGUGCAAAAAAAGCACUGGAUAAAAUGGCUGCAAGGAGAAGUUCAACUUCGUCAUCUGACAGUACUUCUAGCGGUGACGAAGGAACAGUUAAAAAAAAUAGUUUUCAGGCGGCUGAGAAAGAAGGGAAAAAAGACUCUGCAAGUAAAAAAUUUUCUUCAUCAGAAAGCAGUUCAAGUGACAAGGAGGUUACAAUUCAAAUCAAAGGAUCUAAAUUAUCGAAAAGGAGUGUUAUCUUACCGGAAAGAACAUCGAAAGGAGGAAAUAAGAAAACUUCAUUAUCUGAAAGUAGUUCUGAAAACGCCGAGAAGGCCAGCAGACAGACAGCAAGUCUUGUGAUGUCAAGAAACAAAAAGCAGGAAUUUGAAAAAAAGUCAUCAUCGUCUGGCAGUAGUAGCUCUAGCGAUAGUGAUGGACCUGACACUUCGGUCAAUAUAAAAAAGACCAUAAAACCUGCGUCUGGUGAAAAAACAGGCGAAAAAACUCUCUCACUUGAUCGGAGUGGGAUUUCUGAAGGACGACAGGGCGGCUUUACGUCUGUUGAUUCUGCAUUGCAGAAUAAGAUAAAGGAUUUACAAGUUUUUAUCUCGGCUCUCUGUUAUAUCGCUUUUAUUAUUGGCAGGGAAAUAAUUUUUGAUUUUGUUUAUGGAUUUUUUGUGCUUACGAAACGUCAGACCGAACCAUACCGGCGAGUGAAGAUUAAGAAGGAACAGUUAGAUGCAAAGUUCAGGGAUAAUUCAUAUAAAUCUGAUCACGACCCCUGGGGUCAAAAAGCUCACGAGACAUUCAAGAACGUUCAGGGCAAAGGAUUCCGGCAUGAAAAGACAAAGAAAAAACGAGGAAGCUACGGGGGCGGUUCGAUCAGUAUGAAAGCGAUUCAACGGAAAACUCUUUGGACAGCGAUUCAAAACUCACUAUCAAAUCCGUGUUUUUCAGUUCUGUCCGAAUUAAGUGAUUAUGCUGGAUUCAUUUGGUGUUUGGGAGAUGUUGAUGUGUGCGUUGGUGAUUUUGGCAUUCUAGGGGUUGCACUGGACCGUAUGGUGAAAGUUAAGGAGGAGCCUAGUGCGGAUGAACAUGAGCAGAAGGCAGCUGUCAUUCCGUGUGCCGACAAGGAUUUUUUUUGUUAG